AAUAUCAAUAUUACAAUUUGUCAUCGUUUAUUAGUUUUAUCUUUUGACUAUACUUGGAUUUUAUCAAUAUUACUGUCAUUAACUGAGAUAAUCAUCAAUAUUGAUUAUCGAGUUUACAGUUUAAAAAGAGUUCUUAAACAGUAAUUGAAAUCAAUUUGUAUUAUUAUGUAAAAAGCUUCAGUACUCACCGAUGUUAACUUUUGUUUGAAUUUUCAUGAAAAUGAUUCAAUCACGUGGCUUUGUUUAUAUCCGGUAACUUAAUUGAAUAAAAUAUAAAUAUUUAUUGUAGAAAAUUGUUAUUUAAUUAAAAUGUUUUUCAAUAUAUAUAAUGAAAAUAUGAAAAUAAAAAAAUUUUAAAAUAAUUAGUAGUUAUAUAAGAAUCAAGAAAAUUUUAUAAAAUAUAAAAAUAUUACUGAAUUUUAUUUUUUAUCUUUGAUUAAUUUUUAAAUAUGGCUUCUACUUCUAAGAGACAAACUGCAAUUGGAAUUAGAAAAAAAGGUGUACCGAAAUUGGAAUUGACUGCUGAACAAAAAAAUGAUAUAAAAGAAGCAUUUGAUUUAUUUGAUCCAGAUGGCACUGGAAGGAUAGCUACCAAAGAACUUAAAGUGGCCAUUAGAGCUCUUGGGAUUGAACCAAAGAAAGAAGAAAUAAAAAGACUUAUAGCUGAUGUUGAUCCAGAUGGUCUUGGUACAUUAUCAUUUGAAGAAUUUCUAAACUUAAUGUCUACAAAAAUGUUAGAAAAAGAUACAAAAGAAGAAGUUUUAAAAGCAUUUCGCCUUUUUGAUGAUGAUAACACAGGAAAAAUAUCUUUCAAAAAUUUAAAACGAGUUGCUCGAGAAUUAGGAGAAAAUCUUACAGAUGAAGAAUUGCAAGAAAUGAUUGAUGAAGCAGAUAAAGAUGGUGAUGGAGAAGUUUCCCAAGAAGAAUUUUUACGUAUUAUGAAAAAAACUAAUUUAUAUUAAUAUUUUAUAAUUUAUUCUUAAAUUAUUUAAAAAUU